CAUGAUAAUUGUAGUUCGCAUUCACCAGUCGCGUGAUGAACGCGUACAGCACAUAGGAUUGUUUUCUUAAUUGUUUUAUGGCCGCUUGAAUCAUUCGUUUUGAAUAAUAAACAUGGUGACUUUGAAUGUUGAGGAUUUUGGACAGCAUCAUGGAGAGACGGUUUCAAAAUUCACGUGGAGGGCGUCUGAUGGCUUCUCAGUGUCCGUCAUUUCAUAUGGGGCUACCAUACAGUCAAUUCAGGUACCGGACAAAUACGGAAUCACCAGUGACGUUGUUCUGGGCUUUGACGAACUCGACGGGUACGUGAACAGAAACACACCGUACUUAGGGACCACGGUCGGUCGCUGUGCCAACAGGAUCGGCGGAGCAAAAUUCAGCAUCGACGGCACGACUUAUCAACUCGCUAACAACAUUGGGAAAGAUCAUUUACAUGGCGGGAUUAAUGGAUUUAAUAAGGCGAAUUGGAAUUCCACCGUUGACGGUACUAAAGUGAUAUUUAGUUAUCUAUCAAAGGACGGCGAAGAAGGAUACCCGGGUGAUCUUAUUACUAACAUUACUUAUGAAGUUACCGAGGACAAUGCCUUGCAUGUCGACUUUAUGUCGACGACAACUAAAAAGACCGUUGUAAAUCUGACGAACCAUUCGUAUUUUAAUUUGGCUGGCCACGAUACUGGUGUCCAAGAGAUCUACAACCAUAUCUUUGUUAUAAACGCUGACAAGAUCACGGAGACGGAUUCUGGAUCAAUUCCGACUGGUGGUUUUAUAAGCGUAGGAGGAACGCCCUACGAUCUUCGCGUCCCAACUAAACUCGGCGACGUCAUAAAUAAAACUGGGAACGGUUUCGAUGACAACUUCUGCAUCUCAACGUACACAAAUAAAUCAUUAAAUUUCGUGUCUCGGAUCCUUCAUCCAUCAUCGGGACGCACUCUCGAAGUCUACAGCGAUCAGCCCGGAGUCCAGUUUUACACCUCUAACUCCCUCCCUGCUCCUCAAGAGUCUGCUCUGGUUGGUAAACAGGGAGUUGGCUACAGACGUCACGGCGCGUUCUGUCUCGAGACCCAAAAUUACCCGGACGCUGUCCAUCACACGAAUUUCCCGAGAGCAGUUCUGUAUCCUGGCGAAGUGUAUAAACAUAAAGUGGUGUACAGAUUUGCCGCUCAAAAGCUGCAGUAUCCUAUUGUUUUGCCUGCGUGAACUUUGCUAUGAGCACGAUUUCGAUGACCUAAUAAACAAACUGCAUUCUUGAAA